UACCAUAAUUCUGUUUUUAAAAUCUAAAUGUUACGAAAAUGUUUAUAUGGGUAAAUUAUGCAUCUAUUACCCUAACUGAACACGGGAUUCGCGCUGUUUAAAUAAAGUUUUGUUUGUUUGCGAUGACCACAAAGAUGGCUUCCUCUUUACUGAAGGUUGCAGUUACAGGUCUCUCGAGGUGUGCGUGGCACACUUUGCUCUCAGUGAGGGCAGUGUCUCUGACUGUACCCGUCGGUCAAGGUGUCCCUCAGUCAUUAUGGAAGUUAGGCAGACUGAAUCAUGUGGCUAUCGCAGUACCAGACCUAGAGAAAGCCACAGCACUGUACCGUGAUGUGCUGGGGGCUCAAGUAAGCGCCACCGUGCCUCUCCCUGAGCACGGCGUGUACACUGUGUUUGUAGAACUGGGAAACACCAAAUUAGAGCUUCUGCACCCUCUGGGAGAGAAAAGCCCUAUUGCAGGAUUCCUGCAGAAGAACAAAGCUGGAGGGAUGCAUCAUAUCUGUAUCGAGGUGGAUGAUAUCAAUGCUGCAAUAGUUGAUUUGAAGGAAAAGAAAAUCAGACUGCUCUCACCAGAGCCACGGAUAGGAGCUCAUGGCAAACCUGUGAUGUUCCUCCACCCUAAAGACUGUGAUGGGGUUCUUGUGGAGAUAGAACAAGCCUAGCUAUCAAACAUGAGAUUGUUAUCUAGUAAACAAAGACACUUUAGGCUGUUCAUUUUUGACAAUUAAGCUAUUGUGAUCAUUGCAAGAAGAAUUAUAUGAUUCCACUUGUUCCAUGCAUUUUUAAUCUGUUAUGGUGUGCUUUAUAUUCUUGGCCUUUGGCUUUUUUUCUGAAGUAAAGAUUUUCUUUAGUGACUUAAUAAAUGAUUAAUUUAAGUUAGUUUGUUCCUUAACAAACUCAAACAUUCAAAAUGUGUACAAAGUUUGUAAAUCUUGUUUAAUUCUGUUCUUUUCGUAUUAAUAUUUGUGGGGCACACUAGGUAUGUUUCUUGUUUUUUAAUGAUGAUUACAACAACAGAAGCCAAAAUAAGCUCAAUUAAAUGCAUGUUUUAAAUGCUAUGAUAAAAUGUUAGAUACGUUUUGCUAUGUUUAUAAAUGUGAAUUGAGAUCCUCGCAAGCCUCAUCUGGCUCUCAGUGGAACAGACAGAUUGAAGCUUUUUUUUUUUGGCUGACAACAAUGUAUUUGGGAGACAGGUUGGCUCAUAGCCAUCUCUCCACUGUAGUCAACCCUCCACCGAAUAGAAAGCUCUUUUUUGUUCUUAUGCCUUAAAUCUGCUUUUUUUUAAAGAGAGAGAUAACUAGAGG